AACUUAUCAAACGCCGUCGUUUGGGACUUGUCGUUCUUGUUGAAAAUUUAGGGUUUAUAGAGAGAAGGCGCAUCUGGUUCGAAGAAGCAGAGUUUUGAUUUGAAGUGGAGAAAAAAAAAUGUCGAAGAAGAACAAUUUAGCAAAGAGAAAGAAGCAGCACGAGUACAAUCUCCAAAAGGAGAAAGAAAUACAGGACAAGAAGAUCAAGAAGCUUCAUGCCAACAAGAACAAGAUGAAAGUUGAUGGUAGUGGUAAGAAGAAGAAAGGUGGAUUCUCAGUUGGGAAGAAGAAGUUGAAGACUAAGUUGACUCCAGCUGCUAAAGCUAAAGCUGCUCAAGCUAUGGAGCUAGACAAAUGAGAGGAGGAACCUGUUUUUGUUUUUUUUUUUAUUCACUUGUAAUGAUCUUUGUCACAAUUUGAAGUUAUCAGUUUGAAGCUAUCCUCUGAUUUUAUAUCAAGAUUUUGCUUUCAGUAUUAAUAUCUAAACAUCAUGAAAUCAAAUAUGAUUAAUCUGUUUUGUUUGCUA